AUGGCGGACUUGAACAUACUGGACAUAGCCCAACUGGGUGCCAAAUUGUCAAGUUCACUUGACCUACAGACUGAGACAUAUCACGAGGCCAGACAAAGUGGCAUUCCUAACCUCUUGUCCCUUAUCUACUCCACAUCGUCGACACUUCGAAAACUACACGAAUUAUCUCAACAAACCCCGGAUGCCUUUACCGAAGUUUGCAAAAACGACAUCAACGGCCUUGCUAAUGCCUGCCGGGUUCUGUACGAAGGAACUCUUGUCCUACUUGUCCAUCGAGACGAACAACACGAUGAAAAUAAAGAAAUUGGCCGUCUGAGCAUCGAACGAGUCGAAUGUCUUCUUUCCUCUUUGACGAACAAGACCUUUUCGAACUACAAAACCUGGCAAUGGCUAAGCCUUCGUCUCAAAGUUUGUCAACAGGAACUACGAAAAGUCAAAUUCGAGCUCACACUACGCUUUCUUCUUGGGAGUAUCGCUCAGUUUCAAUCAAGUACUACGACGCGUUCUCCCGGGGAUUGGGAGCGUGAACGUUCGAUACGAGUCUCUGCCGAGAGCAUUGCUAAACGACGCGUGGCAUACCACAAGAAGUGUAAAAAGAACCGGGAACGCUGGACAAAUGAAAUUACUUUUUCUUCGACCACAACGCCUAUUGGAGAAGAGAUAGAUUUGACUGCAGCUUUAAGUUCUAUUACUCUAGAGACUUUUUCUGCACAAGUAAAUGUUCCAGUUCCCGACGAGAACAAGACCGAAGAUGUUGGAAAAGACGUCAACUCCAAAGUCAGCAAUGUAUCUGACACUAUCGUCCCAACUCCCGGAGAUACAGAGGAUGAUACCACAACGUCUUCAGAUACGACUUCUUAUCUGGGCACUCCUUCUAAAAACUGGUUCCAACGUCUGUUCUCGCGCACUUCAUGCGAUGAGUGGUGGUAUGAAGACAUUGAAGCGUACACCCUCCACAUCAGACACGGCAAGCAACAUGUAGCGAAGCUGCCGCUGGAAGAAAAGGAAAUCAUAACUACCUUACGCAAGCUGACCACCAAGCAUUUCUGGAACAGACGUCCCAGCCUCAUGGAACAAUACGACUCAUUUGACCAGACCGUCCGUCAGGACAUCGACGAAGCAAUCUCUAUUGCAAAACGAAAGAACAAUCGUGACAUGACUCUUAUCGCCAUGUCGGCUAGAAGAACAGCUUCGUCUGCUGGGAUCGACAACAAGGUUCCCUACACUUCGGAACUAUCUUUCACGCUCUUCUUCAAACUUGGCGAAACUUAUGAGCCCAUUUACGUUGUUGAUAGAGACGACAAGAAGUGGACCAUUCCUUAUACUGCAUGCGAAACCGUACAGAUGUUGAGAGAUCAACUGCCAGCGCACGGUCAGCCUGUCCUGGGUCGGCCUCCAGGACAGGCCUACUGCAAUUAUACUAUUUGCACAGAGAAUAAAACGCCCGUCACGUCCGAGACCUGGGAUUCGGUUCGUCGUCCUGGCAUGAUACUAAGGUUGGAUUACAAGGGAUACUUGCCGCCUAUUCCUCCUCUUCCAAUGCCCGCUCCAAUGCCUGUUCCACCUGUUAUGGUUACGCCACCUGGUUUCCACCCGCCUGGUCUACCUCGUCCACUCUCUAUUUACGAGAUGCCCCAUAUACCAAAUAUGAGAGAUAUCUAUCAAGAGAUGGACGACUUGCUCAAGCUAUCGGACUCCUGGACGCCAGACGAGGAAACGAUAGAACAUGCGGGACUAGGAAAUCUUUUCCGUCUUUGGACGAAUGCCAUUGAUCCUGAGGCUCAGGAAGAAGACAGUGAUUGGUCUGGCAGGAGUUGUUAUUCUGUAGAGGAAUCAUGCGGUUGGACAAACGACUUUUAUUGA